UGAGGCGGGCGGCGGGGAGGCGGCGGCGGCGGCGGCGCGGAGGAUGAAGUGGAGCGUGCGGGGAGCCUGCGCCGCGCUCUCCAGCUGCCUCCUGCUCGCCUGCGCCCUCAGCGCCGCCGCCGUGGGCCUCAAGUGCUUCUCGCUGGGCUCCGAGCUGAAGGGCGAGCCCUUCCGCCUGGGCACCGCCGCUGGAGCCUUCUACUCCGGGCUGCUGCUGGCCGCCGGACUCUCGCUGCUCGCCGCUGCGCUGCUCUGCUGUCGUCCGCCCGACGAGGCACCCGCGGCACCGGCUCCAACCCCAGCCGCUGCACCGGCCCUGACCCCGGCUCUGGCCUCGGACCCGGCCGGGGACCCGGACCCGGCGGGAGGCGGCACCGGCGGGGGGGAGGUGGCGGCCGCACCGUCGGGGCCAGUGGAGAAGGCGCCGCCCGGGGGGCGGCAGAACUUCCUGCUGCUGGGGGUGCUGGUGUUCAUGCUGGGCGUGCUGAGCGCCUUCGCCGGCGCCGUCAUCGACGGCGACACCGUGUCGCUGGUGGAGAGGAAGUACUCGCACUACUGUCUGCUUCAGACCGGCGGCGCGGCCCGCCCGCGGAGCGGCCCAGCGGUCCCCGACGGCUCUGCCGUGGCGCUCCGCUGCCAGAAGCUCCGGGACUACCAGCAAGGCUUGGUGCUCUCCACCGUCUUCAACGCGCUGGAGUGCCUCCUGGGCCUGCUUAACCUGCUCCUCGUCAAAAACUAUAAGGCCUCGCAGCAGCGCGGACGCCGGCGGCGCCGGCGUCGAGCGGCCCCAGCGGCUGCAGCGGCGGCGAGCGGGAGGCGGCGGCGGCGGCGGGGCGGCCCCUGCGGCGGCGGCGGUGGCAGUGGCGGGCGGCGGGCGCCGCGCCACAGCCAGGGCUCCCUCUUCUCCGGCGGCGAGCCCGAGCUCAGCCCCGGGGAUUGCCCCUUCCAGGCCGUCUCGUACAUCAACGUGGGCGUCUUCCACGUCUUCGACGAGGCUGGCGUGGAGGUGCACUGCGGCGGGCAUCCCUCCGUCGAGCUUCCUGGCUACUCGCCCAUGGACCCCGAGCUCAACGCCUCCUACCCCUACUGCUACCCGCUGCCCAGCGAGCAGCCGCCGGCCUACGAGGAGAUCUACCCCAGGGAGCCCUGCGCUCACGGCACCUAGCGCCCACCGCCGGCGGGACCCCUUACUGCCAGCCCGGGCCUCGGCUCUCCGUGGCAGCCGGAGCGGAACCCGGCGGCGGAACGGACCGGGAGCGGGUCCGCCAGCUCCUCUCAGACGCGGGGCCCGGGGACGGCCAUCGCACCACCGACGGGACGGGUCGUGGGCAGGUGCCGCCGUGCCUCUGGCUCUGCGGAAGCUUCUCCCCUCUCCCUCCCUGCUCUCCUCUUCCUUCUCCCCACUCCGUCCCACCGGCCCCUCCGUCCGCCGGCGGCUGAAUUUUCCGAAGGCUGCGCAAGAAACGCCGAAGGGUUGGUUCCUCCCGCUGCCUCUCCUCCGUAGCCAAGUUUAGUUCCCUUCAAAGUGAUUCAUCAGUCUCCAGCUUUAGCAGUCCAGAGUUACCCAUUUAUGAUAACCAGCCAGUGUAAGGAAAAGGCGUCAUGAAGCUUCUUUACCUCUCAAAAGAGCUAAAUUUCUAAACAACGCAGAGACAUUUGUGUCACGUUUACUAGAGAUGUAUUGGGGAUCUUUAACGUUUACACUACUCCUUGGGAGAAUUGAGUUCUGUUUUAAGAUUUAGUGAGUUAAAACAUUCAUUGGUCUUGUAAGAUGCACAUUGAGAAAAACCUGCACUUUGAAAAAGAAACAGGAAAAAAAAAAUCAACGUUUUUGUACACUAAUGUGCCUGCUUUUGUUGAUAACUUCUUACUGUAAAAGCUUUCAGAAGUCUAUAGUGAAAAUGUUUGGUAAAUUCACUGCAGUUUAAAAUCGAUGAUUAGUUCCUUUACUAAACAACUGAGAUGUUGCUAGGAUAUGGCAGUUAAAAGGAAGUCCAAAUGUCAUACACAUUCCUUUUUGUAAACAGGUUCUGUGUUUUUAAUGCAAGGCAGGAUUUAUUUUUGUUUUACACAGGUGAAGGGUUUAAUUCUAUUUUGUACAACUACAUGGUUUACCUUGUAAUGAGUUCCAUUUUACCUGUUACAAUUCAUCAAUCUGGUAAGCUUGAAUAUUAAAAGUUUUAUUUGAAAUAUAUAUAUUGUAAAACAGCCUUAACUGGUGCAAUGGUCAGUUUUAAAGGAAAAAAAAAAAACAACAACCCAACAACAACAAAAACAACAACAACAAAAAGAUAAACCAUCUUGGAAGACAUCUUCCAAAUGAGUUUCAAAACAAUAUUUAAUACUCCUAUAACAAAGCAAGUAUUUUCUUCCUCUUUUUUUUUUUUUUUUUUUUUUUUUAAGGUCACUUUAAUUCCUGAAAGGGAGGGUGGGAUGGUGAAAUAAUGGGAUGGUAUGCUGUUAACUCUUUCUUAGUUUAGAGGUAUUGAAAAAGCUAUAUGCAAAGGGAAAAACUGCCAAAUCCUUUUGGAUUCUGCUGUGGAAUGCCAGUAACUGCUAGUGCAAGAAAGUGCUACUUAAAGGGAAGAGAUAUGGCAUAUUUCAUCACAUCAUUCAAGAAUAAGUAAAGGCUUAAUUUCAUGUUCCACAAAGAACCAAAAGCAAAUUUUCAGGUUGCUUUUGGUUCAGUAUCCCCUCCCCCAAUUACAGCAUACUGAAAUGAAGUAUUACAAAAUAACCUUUCCCUUUCUGUUAAUCCUGUGUUUGGAGCCUGCUGCGUAAUGCCAGUGUAUCAGUUAUCCAGAGGCAGAGAGAGUGAAGGGAGUGAAAAGUUACAGUGUGUUUCUGUGGUCGACGGAAAAUCAUAUUUAAAUUUUUAGCUUCAGAGAGACUGACGUAAUUUACAGCCUUAGAAUUGGAUAGAGGAGAGUUUAGCCCAAAAAUAUUAAAAUCUCUGCACUGUUUUGUUUUCUAAAGUGUUUUGACUUGCACACUCUGUAUAAUCUAAAAUGCAGAAUGCCUGAGAAGUCUUAAAAUUGCAAAGUGAAGUCUGUGAAGCUCACAGUCAAAGCUCUAAUCUAGAGGAGACAGUUAAAAGCAGCAUUGCCAAUUUGCCAAGUAGUUCUAAAUAGCAGAAAUUUAAGACACAGCUCUUUCUGGCCAACAGAUUUCUUGUGCAGAACGUCAGCCUAAAACAUAUGCCCUAGCUAAGUCCCAUUUUAGUACUGAAGAUAGAUAGGUUUUAUGCUGGCUCUCUGCAGAUGCAUUUCCUUAACCCUUUACAGGGAAGUGACUGGGAAGUCCUGAAGACUUUACCUUUAAUACUAACUUAGGCACAAAACUAAUCCUGUAACAUACUGUAUUGUUCGUACAGGGGAAUUUGCAAAAUGAAUAACUAAAGCAAGGAGGCAAAAGUUCUCAUGUAAGUCUCCAAUUAGAGGAGUUAAUGAGACAGCAUAGUACCCUGUACUGAGUUUAACGGAAACUGCUAGGCUGCAGGGUGAUUUUGGAGAACAGGCCAGCUGGGUGCCUAAAUACAGACACAGAAGUGUAAUAAUAGUUGUUGGCUUUAAGAAGAUUGGCUAUAUACAUUGUAGUUCAUGGAAGCUGUAUCUUAAUUUUACUUAAGGAAUUGAUUUUUGACAUAAAAAGACAGUGUUUUACUUAAGAUAACUAUUUUAGGAAUCAUGAACUAGACAGUUCUGAAACUCCAGAUGUUCCAAAGAUCAGUGCUCAGGGAAAUAAAUGGAAAGUCAAGAAAGCUACCUAUUAUACUCAAUUGUUUAAAUGUAAACAAUUUUAAACUAUAAAUUUUUAAGAUUGUUAAAUUCAUAACUUUUUUUUUUUAUAUAUAUUUGGUUGUGUAUGCACGUGUGUAAGUGUGUGUUUUAUUUAAGUCUGCUCAGAAUGCUAUUGAAUUAGGACAUUUAUUUGUGGUUCACUUUUAGUUCCUGAAUUUCUGCUUUUUCUUCAUUUGGGCUUUUAUGUCCCAUAGUAGUUUAAUUUAGUGGUGGACAGAUUGCCAGAAUAAUGUUCAAGUUGGACUCCCACAGAAGCCAGUAGGCAUCAUUUCAUUGACUUCAGUGGGUCUGGGUACCUACUCUAAAUAAUCUUUAAAGUAAUGUGGAUCUUCUGGCAUGACAGGAUGCAGCAGUGGCAUAUUAGUUCUCAGUUAUUUAUUUGUAUGGACAGCAGUAUUAAGGGAGGUCACCUAUGGUAUUAUACAUAUUUAAAAAAAAAAAAACUGGAAAAAAUAAAUUGACAGCAAAUUGACUGAACAAGCCAUGUUUUCUUAAAGAUGGUAUACAAGUGUUUCAGGUAUCUGGUGACUAACUUUUCUGAUAAAACACCACACGUAUUUAUUUCUCAGUGAGAAGAAACUUAUAAAUACAUGAUUCAAGAUGAAGCUUCACAGGCAUAAUUGCAGUAUUGUGAAGCCAUUUUUAGUAAACCUGAAUCAUCACUCUAUCUUCUGAGCAGUAAUGUUAGAGUGUAUAAACCAUACUGUGACAAAAUUGAAAAUAGGCUGGUGUGGGAAGCAUCGGAGCUUAGGUUACUUGCCUGAGAGGAUUCAUACUGUCCCUUUAUUUUCCAUGCCCCAUCACAUGAUUGUCAAGGCAAAUGCAAGCCUGAUCGAUUCAUGUCACUGGACGAUGUUAACUGCAAGGCUUAUGCCUUAAGUAGCAAAACCAGGGAGCAUGGAAGAGAAACAUCAUGUAUGUGCUAUCAAAUCUCCAUUUUGCUUAGCUGAAAUAACAAGACUGCUUUUUGCCCCGUAGCUUGUUGUUUCAAUUUGCUUAAAGCAUUACUUGCAUCUGUUCAAAGAGAGGAAAGAACAGAUGCAAUACUGCUGUUUUGGUCACAGCAGAGUACUGAUUUGCUAGCAGACUGUUCCCAGCUUUCCCAUCCCUUUUGCAGGUAAUAGCAGUUAGUCAAGGGAUGAAAUGGUGGAAAAUCAAGUCUGCAGUCUUUGAUGCAACAUGCUCCCUUCAUGUGGAAAAACAUAUUCCCACCAGCCUAUUAGCAAUUCACAUGAAUUAUUUUCACACUCAAACAUUCUUGCUUAAAUCUGUUACUUAGACUUUGCAUUGUAAUUGACAGACAGAAUAUAUAUAUGAAUCUAAAAACAGGGGAAAAAAGGAUGUUAGAAGGAAAUUGGAUUAAAGUAGUACAGAUUUUACUCAGAAGUUUGAUUUCACUGUAGGACUUCUUUGGUUCACCAAAAAGCGCUAUGGUGGCUGGUAUAACUUAGAUAUAUUUCAGACAUACUGUUUAAUCAUCAGAAAAGGUUUCUGAAUGUUCACAUGAGUAUGGCAAUCUGUUUCUGCUUUUGGACAUAGUACAUAUGAAAACCUUUUCUUCAUUUUGGCAUUUAAUCUGAGAUUGAUCCUCAAGAAAAUGUCAGUAAUUGAUCUUGUAAUUUUAGGAUCAAUAAAAUACAUUUUAAAGCACA